AUGGAAAACUAUUCUGCUUUGUUCUUCAAUGACUCUUGUAUGGGGCUUCUUCUGUACCCAUGUGCCAACAUCUCAGAUGAACCAAAUGAGCCCCUCAAACCUCCCCAGCUGGUGGAUGCCUGGCUUGUACCCCUCUUCUUUGCAAUGCUCAUGGUAGUGGGACUUAUUGGAAAUUCUUUGGUUAUUUAUGUUAUUUCCAAACACAAGCAAAUGAGGACAGUGACUAACUUUUAUAUAGCUAACCUGGCCACCACUGAUAUAAUAUUUUUGGUGUGUUGUGUACCUAUCACUGCUGCUUUAUAUUCUCUUCCUGGGUGGAUAUUCGGGGAAUUCAUGUGCAAGUUUGUUAACUAUAUCCAACAGGUGUCCGUGCAAGCUACUUGUGUGACCUUGACGGCUAUGAGUGUAGAUCGCUGGUACGUGACUGUGUUUCCACUGCGCUCUUUGCGUCAAAGGACUCCACGUGUGGCCACAGCUGUAAGCCUAGGAAUCUGGAUAGUGGUCCCACGGCGAGAAAUAGAGGAUUGUGCGGGAGCUGGCCAAUGAAAUGUGGCGCCAAAUGGGUCGCAAACACCGCCGUCUGGCCAUUAUAAAAAAAUGGUCAGACAUGAAGAGAAGAC